GGGGCGGGGCUCGGGCGGUUGGUUGGAGCGUCGCAGCAGCCGAGAGGUCCGGGAAAGUUUCUUUGGAGGUCCGGCCGGGAGCGGCCAUGUCCCACGGCCCCAAGCAGCCCGGCGCGGCCGCCGCGCCGGUGGGCGGCAAGGCUCCGGGCCAGCAUGGGGGCUUCGUGGUGGCCGUCAAGCAAGAGCGCGGCGAGGGCCCGCGGGCCGGCGAGAAGGCAUCCCACGAAGAGGAGCCCGUGAAGAAGCGCGGCUGGCCCAAGGGCAAGAAGCGGAAGAAGAUUCUGCCCAACGGGCCCAAAGCCCCGGUCACGGGCUACGUGCGCUUCCUGAACGAGCGGCGGGAGCAGAUCCGCACCCGCCACCCGGACCUGCCCUUCCCCGAGAUCACCAAGAUGCUGGGCGCCGAGUGGAGCAAGCUGCAGCCGUCGGAGAAGCAGCGGUACCUGGACGAGGCGGAGCGGGAGAAGCAGCAGUACAUGAAGGAGCUGAGGGCCUACCAGCAGUCGGAAGCCUACAAGAUGUGUACAGAGAAGAUCCAGGAGAAGAAAAUCAAGAAAGAGGAUUCGGGCUCCGGGCUCAUGAACACCCUCUUGAAUGGACACAGGGGCGGGGAGUGCGACGGCUUCUCCACCUUCGAUGUCCCUAUCUUCACCGAGGAGUUUCUGGAUCAAAACAAAGCGCGGGAGGCGGAGCUGCGGCGCCUGCGGAAGAUGAACGUGGCCUUCGAGGAGCAGAACGCGGUGCUGCAGCGGCACACGCAGAGCAUGAGCAGCGCGCGCGAGCGCCUGGAGCAGGAGCUGGCGCUGGAGGAGCGGCGGACGCUGGCGCUGCAGCAGCAGCUCCAGGCCGUGCGCCAGGCGCUCACCGCCAGCUUCGCCUCGCUGCCGGUGCCGGGCACGGGCGAGACGCCCACGCUCAGCACCCUGGACUUCUACAUGGCCCGGCUGCACGGCGCCAUCGAGCGCGACCCCGCGCAGCACGAGAAGCUGCUGGUGCGCAUCAAGGAGAUCCUGGCCCAGGUCGCCAGCGAACACCUGUGAGGGUGUCGGCUGCCCCAGGGACCCGGAAGAGACCAAGCCCCAGUCACGGCCCCUUCCCACCUCCACCCGGAUGGGCGAGGCCUGGGGGUCCACCCUUUGGGGCCAGACUGGAUCCAGCCCCUUGGGGGCUGCAGCCCCC